AUGGAGAACAGUGAAAACUCAGUGGAUGCUAAGUCCAUCAGGAAUUCGGACAUAAAGCCCUUCCAUGGCAGCAAAUCAAUGGACUCUGGAAUAUCCUCACAAAAUGACAAUACUUACAAAAUGGAUUAUCCUGAAAUGGGCUUAUGUAUAAUAAUCAAUAAUAAGAACUUCAAUAAAAGUACUGGAAUGGCACCUCGGUUGGGUACCGAUGUCGAUGCAGCAAACCUCAGCGAAACCUUCAAGAACUUGAAAUAUGAAGUCAGAAUCCAAAAUGACUUUACCCGCGAGGAGAUAGUGAAACUGUUGCAUGACGUUUCUAAAGAAGAUCAUAGCAAGAGGAGCAGUUUUGUCUGCGUGCUUCUAAGCCAUGGUGAUGAAGGAGUAAUUUAUGGAACAAAUGGACCGGUUGACCUGACAAAAUUAGCAAGUUUUUUCCGAGGGGAUAACUGCAGAAGUCUAGCUGGAAAGCCCAAACUUUUCUUCAUUCAGGCUUGCCGAGGUACAGAACUGGACUGUGGUAUUGAGACUGACAGUAAUGCAGAUGAUGACAUGGGGUAUCAGAAAAUUCCAGUGGAGGCAGACUUCGUGUAUGCGUAUUCAACAGCUCCUGGUUACUACUCCUGGCGAAACUCAAAGGACGGGUCCUGGUUCAUCCAGUCGCUGUGUACGAUGCUGAAGCAGUACGCGGACAAGCUGGAGCUCAUGCACAUCCUCACCCGGGUCAACCGGAAGGUGGCAACCGAGUUCGAAUCCUUCUCCUUUGACUCCACUUUUCACGCAAAGAAACAGAUUCCGUGCAUUGUGUCUAUGCUCACCAAAGAACUGUAUUUUUAUCGCUAA